GCGAAGCGAGGUUGAUCGACUCAACGGCUCAGCGAGCAUCUCAUAAUCAGGCCCGAAAGGCCGACAAAGCCCAAUCAGUAAAAAGAGAUUAGGUUAAGGUAAUCGAACAGAGUAUAAAAGGAGAGGAAGGCAAAGGAGAAAGGCAUCGACACUUAGCUACACAAACUUAGCGGCGAGAUUAGGGUUUAUCAUCCGUACAGUCAUUUCUCUGCUAUUUGUACUUUUCCGGUUUAAGCUCUCACGAGCUCCGGCCUGCUUUUACUUUCUCCACCUUUGUAACAUCAUCUCGAAAUCUAAUAAACGCCUCUGUUCGACCCAUUUUUAGUAUUGUUUACUUCACCGAGACCAAACUCACCUUAAACAAUUGGCGCCCACCGUGGGGCGAACAGACUUAGCGUUUCUAGACCGAUAUGACCACCGGAGGUACGAACCUUGAUACCUCCGGAGAGGAGCCGGCACUCACGCCUCCUCCCCUCCUCUCGUCGGAGUUCAUGAGUUCAGUCAUAGCCCGACUUGCUCAUCAAGAAGAAGUUCAGAAGACGACGAACGAUCAACUCGCCGCUAUCGUAGCUGCUCUUAGCACCUCCACCGGUAACUCACAACCGCUUCGUCGUCACCUUUUCAAUACAAACCCCCCUACUCCGGCAGAAGGACGAUCGACGAACCCAGUCGAUCCUACUCUCCAACUCGCGGAAACCCUAGCCGCCGAUGUUUUUCCUACAACGUCAGAUUCAUCGACCGUCCGAGAACUCGCCGAGCUUAAACUAAAUUUCCAACAAAUGAGUUCAAGGAUCCACCAAGCAACGAGCGCAGUACCCGAGAUUGACAGUGUCAUCGCAUCAACAUCGCGUACUCCUUUCACCGAGGAACUGACGGAGGUUAAACUCCGAAAGAUGGACAAGUUGCGUCUUCCAGAGUACAAACCAGGAGGAGAUCCCGUCGAGCAUUUGACAGCUUUCAAUAUUGCGGUAGCAAGGGCCAGACUCGCCCCCGACGAAAGAGACGCGGGAUACUGCCAACUCUUCAUUGAAACACUCAACGAGCAAGCCUUAACCUGGUUCUCGGGACUCGAAGAGAAUUCAAUUAGAAGCUUCAAAGAGCUCUCCUCGGCCUUCCUCAAGACUUACAUCAUGUUCACCAAGCGCGAAGCAACGGCUUCGACCCUCUGGAACCUCAAGCAAACGAAGGACCAGAAUCUUCGUGAUUACAUGGAGCGCUUUAAAUCCGUCGUGUCAAGGAUCAACAUCCCAGACCACAUCGCCGUUGAUGCCUUGAGGAAUAAUCUCCUUGUGGAAUGUAAGUUCCGAGAAGAUCUUUAUCGAUGCACCGCCACGACGCUGCAAGAUGCCGUUGCUCGUUCCCACAACUUCAUUCGCAUGGAAGAAGACACUAAAGCCAUCUUGAGCAAGCACAACCCGGCGAAGCAAUCGGCUCCUAAGAACGCCGUCACAGCUCACAUCGAACCUCGUCAGCACGCCCCAAGCGAUAAAAAUAACCGAAAGAACGGUCUCCUUUACGUUGUUGACGAAAACGGGAAGAAGUGGAACACCUUUCAUCGGGAAACGGAUCCUCCAAGGGAAUCCCCCCGAGCAACCGCCCCAGCCACGGUCGCCCAGGUCGAUUCGGCAGCGGGAUCUUCCCGGACCCCACCAGGGCUUACUAAAUCGUGCAAACUCCACGGUGUAAAAGGCCACGACACUUCAGAAUGCAAAACACUUUUCGCGCAAUUCCUCUCCUCACUUGAAAGCGGUGAAAUCAAGAUUCCUCCUCCGAAGCCAAGAAGCGAGAACAGUUGGAGCAGAAACAAGGACAGGAAAAAUCAGCGAAAAAAUCCGGCUAAACCGCGUCAAGACGACCAAAAGCCAAGGAAUGCCGAGCAAAUCCCACACCCAAACGACGAUGGUGACGCCUCGGCUGACGAAGAUCCGCCGGCAGCCAGACAAAGGAUUGAAGUUAUUCGCGCCCAACCGGAGUCUUCAUCAGACGAAGAUAGUGAUCUCGAGGAAACCCUCGACCCGUUGGACUUGCGCGUACUUCUCAAACGAAAGACCACGGCGACGAACGACAAGACUCCCGGAUCUUCCGAUCUCCGAGUCGAGCUCAACGCCAAAAGAAGUAAGCGUUCGCUGAGCCCAGGAUCUUCACUGGCAACUACUGACGGUAACCAUAUCGUCGAUCUACGAGAUCAACUUAACGCGCGAGUCGGUGAUCUGCGUACAAAGCUGGACCACAAAAAAGCCGGGCCGCCGAAAGAAAGCGAAGACCUCCGAGCUCUUCUCACCAGGAAGCAAUCGAAUACCAGGCCGCGGAUCAACGUGAUUAUGGGAGGAUCUCCACCGUGCGGGGAUUCUGUACGAGCGGUCAAAGAUCACCGACGAAUGGUGGACACCUCGCAGCGCUGGCCACAGAAGUCCCCAGCUGAUCCUCCAAUCUCUUUCUCGACCGAAGACCUUCUCGGAGUAAACUUUCCUCACAACGACCCUCUUCUCGUCGUUUUGGCUAUUGACAAAUAUGACGUCACCAAAGUGCUGAUCGAUACCGGAAGCUCGGUCGAUAUCAUCUUUCGCGAAACUCUCGAAAAAAUGGGAAUCGACUUAAAAGACGUGAAGCCAUCUUCCAGAACUCUCACCGGCUUUAACGGCUCCUCUGAAGUGAUCAUGGGAACUAUUCGUCUCUCGGUACAAGCUGAGGGAGUAGCUCGGAUGGUCAAGUUUUCGGUAGUCAGCACCAAGGCUCCCUACCACGUGAUACUAGGUACCCCAUGGUUAUACUCCAUGCGAGCGAUCGCAUCAACGUAUCAUCAGUGCGUUAAAUUCCCGGGAAUGGACGGUACUAUUAAGACAGUAAGAGGAGAUCAACGGGCUGCGCGAGAUCUCCUAAUCGCCACGGUAAAAUUGCAGCGAUCUCAAUCACUAGUCAACUCGAUCUCCCCUCCUGUAAGCAAGAUCUGCCCACAAAAAGAAGAGGUGCUCGAAGUCCCAGUCGACGAAUCGGAUCCAAGUAAAGUGCUACGAGUAGGCGCUUAUUUGUCGGACGAGAUGCAGCGCACUAUCACGGAUUUCUUGAAGCAAAACUUGUCUACCUUUGCUUGGUCGAUGACCGACAUGAAGGGAAUCGACCCGUCCAUCACGACUCACGAGCUAAACGUAGACCCAAAUAUCAAGCCCAUUCGACAGAAGAGACGAAAGCUGGGUCCCGAAAGAUCCAAAGCAGUUGUUGAGGAAGUCGAGCGAUUAUUAAGCGCGGGCUCGAUAGCAGAAGUUCGUUACCCGGAGUGGCUCGCUAACCCAGUCGUUGUCAAGAAGAAGAACGGCAAGUGGCGCAUGUGCGUCGAUUUUACUGACCUCAACAAAGCUUGCCCGAAAGACAGCUAUCCGCUUCCGAACAUCGACAGGCUUGUCGAAUCAACUGCCGGCAAUAAAAUGCUCACGUUUAUGGACGCUUUCUCGGGAUACAACCAGAUCAUGAUGCAUCCUGAUGACCGAGAGAAGACGUCGUUCAUAACUGAUCGAGGAACGUACUGCUACAAAGUAAUGCCCUUCGGGUUGAAGAAUGCCGGCGCGACCUACCAACGGCUUGUCAAUCGCAUGUUCGCCAAACAGCUCGGUACAACGAUGGAAGUCUACAUUGAUGACAUGCUUGUCAAAUCAAUCCGAGCAGACGACCACCUGGUACAUUUACGGGAGUGUUUCGACAUCCUAAACGCGUACAAGAUGAAGCUAAACCCGGCCAAAUGCACCUUCGGCGUAUCGUCCGGAGAAUUCCUAGGCUACAUAGUAACGCAGCGAGGAAUCGAAGCAAACCCUAAGCAAAUAUCAGCUGUGCUCGAUCUACCCAGUCCAAGAAACUGCCGAGAAGUCCAGCGGCUGACAGGCCGAAUUGCAGCACUUAAUCGUUUCAUUUCCCGGUCAACCGAUAAAUGUCUCCCUUUUUAUGAUCUCCUCCGAGGAAACAAAAAAUUCGUCUGGGACGAUAAAUGUGAGGAGGCUUUUGGUCAGCUCAAACAUUACCUGACGACCCCCCCUAUCCUGGCAAAACCAGAUAUAGGCGACGUUUUAUCCCUCUACAUUGCGGUCUCAUCCGCCGCAGUCAGCAGCGUGCUAAUCAAGGAGGACCGAGGAGAACAACGACCUGUUUUCUACAUGAGCAGGAGGAUGACUGGACCAGAAACCCGGUACCCGACACUUGAAAAGAUGGCCCUGGCCGUCGUCGAAUCAGCGAGGAAACUCCGCCCAUAUUUCCAAUCACAUUCGGUAGAAGUUCUCACCGACCAGCCGCUCAGAACUGUCCUGCAAAACACGAACAGAGCCGGCCGUCUUACCAAAUGGGCGAUCGAACUCGGAGAGCUCGACAUCACCUAUAAGUGCAGAACCGCUGCUAAGGCCCAAGUCCUCGCCGAUUUUCUCGUGGAGCUAUCUCCGGAACUCGCUCAAGAUUUGGAAACCUCGGAUUCAACAUGGAUCCUGCAUGUCGACGGUUCCUCGACAAACAAAGGCUCUGGAGCAGGAGUUCAGCUUCAAUCCCCAUCGGGAGAGCUCAUUCGACAGUCGUUCAGCUUCGGUUUCCCAGCAUCAAACAAAGAAGCAGAGUAUGAGUCACUCAUCGCAGGCCUUCGCCUCGCCAAAGCAGUCAAGGCUAAGCGACUCAGUGCAUAUUGCGACUCACAGCUCGUCGCCAGUCAGUUCAGCGGUGAUUACGAUGCGCGCAACGAUAGAAUGGAUGCUUAUCUCCGAGUUGUACAAGCAUUGGCUAAAGAGUUCGAAUUCUUCGAGCUCACCAAGGUUCCUCGUGGAGAAAAUGUCUGUGCGGAUGCGCUAGCAGCACUCGGAAGCAAGCUACGCGAUCAAGUCAAAAGGGCUAUUCCAAUUCAUCGAAUCGAGAAACCAAGCAUCGACAUCUCAACGGAAUCAGCUAACUUCGUCACCACAGAACUCGAAACAACGCCCUUAUCCGAGACCAACGACGACUCCGAGAUGACAAACCAAGAUCAGCUACUACCCGACUGGAGGACUGAAUUCAUCCAAUACCUCACCACGGGCACACUCCCAACGGAUAAAUGGGCCGCAAGACGAUUAAAGAGGCGCAGCGCGCAUUACGUCGUCAUGGAAGAAGAACUCCACCGAGUAACGGCUAACAAGGUCCUCCUGAAAUGUAUUUUUGCCGAGCAAACGCAGCUAGUAAUGGCGGAGACUCACGAAGGAGCAGGUGGAAACCAUUCUGGAGGUCGGUCACUAGCCCUGAAGAUUCGGAACUUAGGAUUUUUCUGGCCAACUAUGAAUACCGACUGCGAAGCAUAUGCCCGGCGAUGCGACAAAUGUCAACGACACGCUCCGAGUAUCCAUAGCCCAACCGAGUUGCUACGAACAUCCGCAGCCCCUUACCCAUUUAUGCGAUGGGGGAUGGAUAUCAUCGGACCAAUGCCGAAUUCUCGCCAACGCCGCUUCGUGCUAGUAUUGACCGACUACUUCACCAAAUGGAUCGAAGCAGAAGCCUUCGCGCAGGUUACAGAGAAGGAAGUUCGUGGCUUUGUCUGGAAGAACAUCAUCUGUCGCCACGGUCUACCAUACGAGAUCGUGACAGACAACGGAUCACAGUUUAUGGCCGGAAGUUUUAAAGAUUUCUGCAACAAAUGGAACAUCCGACUAAGCCCUUCGACGCCAAGAUAUCCUCAAGGAAACGGACAAGCAGAAUCCUCGAACAAGAUUAUCAUCGACGGAAUCAAGAAGCGCCUUGACCUUAAAAAAGGACAUUGGGCCGAUGAACUUGACGGCGUGCUCUGGUCGCACCGGACAACCCCCCGAGGAGCGAUAAAAUCUACUCCUUUUUCACUCGCUUACGGGAUGGAGGCAAUGGCUCCAGCCGAGGUCAACGUAACAAGUCUCCGCCGGUCCAAGAUGCCUCAGCAUGUCGAGCUUAAUCAAGAGAUGCUGCUAGAUGCCCUAGAUGGGCUAGAGGAGAAGCGCGACCAAGCCUUACUUCGAAUCCAAAACUACCAAAACCAAAUCGAGAGUUACUACAACAAAAAGGUCCGAUCGCGUCCUCUCGAGCUCGGCGAUCUGGUUAUGCGAAAAGUCUUUGAGAACACCAAGGAACCCAACGCUGGAAAACUCGGCGCAAAUUGGGAAGGACCGUAUAAGAUCACUCGAGUCGUCAAACCAGGAGUAUAUCGACUCGAAACUUCCCGCGGAGAAGCAGUUCCACGAGCUUGGAACUCCAUGCAUCUUCGUCGCUUCUACUCGUAAAACGAGUACCCUUUCAGAACGAGUAAAAUGAUCUACAUCACCGUUUUACUCGCAAAAAAAAAAAAAAAAAAAAAAAAA